AUGGACUUUGACAAGGAAAAUGUCAUAUUUAAGAAUGUCUCGACGAACAACCACAGUAAUGGAACAGAGUUCUCGUCAUCAACGACCACCACGGCAGCGACGACAAACACUAGCGUCGGACAGAGUCAAUUCUCGGAGGCGGUUAGCGAGAGCUCCGGUGGCGUUAUGAGUUAUUCCGGUCAAAUAUUGCCAUCUCCGAAUCUCAAAGUCUACAGCUUUGCGGAUUUAAAGACUGCGACCAAUAACUUUAAACCGGAUUCGAUGUUGGGUCAAGGAGGUUUCGGUAAAGUUUACAGAGGUUGGAUCGAUUCCAAGACUCUUGCUCCUUCUAAAGUCGGUUCCGGUAUGAUCGUCGCCGUCAAAAGAUUGAAUUCCGAGAGUGUUCAAGGCUUCGCUGAGUGGCGUUCAGAAGUUAACUUUCUGGGGAUGCUUUCACACCCAAAUCUGGUCAAGUUAUUAGGAUUCUGCCGUGAAGACAAAGAGCUUCUGCUUGUCUACGAGUUCAUGCCUAAAGGCUGCCUUGAGAAUCACCUUUUCAGACGAGGCGAGCCUUUUCCUUGGGACCUAAGGAUCAAAAUUUUGAUUGGUGCAGCUCGUGGCCUUGCGUUUCUUCACGGCUUACAAAGAGAAGUCAUAUAUAGAGACUUCAAAGCCUCCAAUAUACUUCUUGACUCGAACUAUGAUGCAAAGAUUUCAGAUUUCGGUUUGGCGAAGCUAGGACCAUCACAAGAGAAGUCACACGUUACGACUAGGAUCAUGGGCACGUAUGGUUACGCUGCUCCCGAAUAUAUGGCGACAGGCCAUUUAUACGUUAAGAGUGACGUCUACGCCUUCGGUGUGGUACUACUAGAAGUAAUGACCGGACUAAGAGCACACAAUCCAAAACGGCCUAACGGACAGGAGAGUCUAGUUGACUGGUUAAGACCAGACCUCGUAAACAAACACCGAGUGAAACAUAUAAUGGACAAAGGAAUCAUAGGUCAAUACUCAUCCAAAGUGGCGGCAGAAAUGGGACGCAUCACACUCUCUUGUAUCGAGCCAGACCCGAAACACCGACCCCACAUGAAGGAAGUAGUCGAUGUACUCGAACACAUCCAACGUAUUAAUGUUGUCCCAGACCGUUCUUCCACUAAAUCGCAUGUUGCUAGCUCAUCACGAUCCUCACCACUUCACUAUCAGUACGCGUAUAAAGCUGGUGCAGCGGGGGCUGAACGAAGGAGGGCCUCACCUCGAAGGUUUGGAGUAGAGAAAGAGUUGGUUGCUUGA